AUGGCUGUGGCAUUCCUGGACCAGGAACAAAGCUCCCAGGAGCUGGAUUUGGAGGAGAUAACUAGGAAAAUUUCAUUUCUUGACAAAUGGAGGGAAAUCUUUAGUUAUCACAGGUUGGGAACCAAUAAUACAACUCCUCAGAAUCAUGAAGGCAGCCAUGUGUCUGCUGCUAAGAGUGAAGAUGGAUCAGGAACACCUCAGCCCAAAAGACAAGGACUCUUGCCAUCAAGUGGCCCUUGUUCUACUCCCAAGCCCUCUAUCAUCUCUUCAAAAUCGAGCAGCUUUCCUAUCUCCCUAGCAAUGGCCACGAAGCUGCGGCAGAACCUCUUUGGAAAUACGGUCUAUGUCUUCAGCUGUGAUUGGAAAAAGGCUUGUUUCAGGUUCCAUGAUCCUUUUUCUGACCUGGCUUUUGCUUUGGAAGUGGGAAAGGGAGGUGCCCAAAGCAUUCAGAUGGCCGUACAAGGAUUGAUCAUCAAGUACUUGCUGUUUACAAGGGAGGGGAAAGACUGUAACUUCCACAGUCUAUGUGCAAUAAGCAAGCAAGAGCAGAAGCAGGCCCUGGCUGCGGCACUCGCUGGUAUCCUGUGGGUGGCAGGAGAAGCUGAGAAGGCCACCAUCUGUCUUGUCACUGAGGACACUCAAGUCACCUCGACUCCUGACUAUGCUGGGGACAAUUUCACUGAGAGGCUUCAGCUGUUUGAAGUUUUGGAGAAAGAGGCCACUGAGAAAUUCAUCUAUGAUCAUUUACAAUGUUUCAGUGGGGAAGGAAGCCACGGUGUCAUCCUGUUUCUUUACAGCCUGAUCUUCUCCAGAACAUUUGAAAGGCUUCAGAAGGACCUAGAUGUCUCCACCAUUCAUCUGCUACAACCAAAUGCUGGAGGCUUCCUAUGCAGGCAGGCAGUUUUGAACAUGGUUUUAACUGGAAGAGCAAGUCCACAUGUCUUUAAUGGCUGUCAAAAUGGGAAGUCUCAAGAAAUACUACAUGGAGUCCCAGCACGCAGUAGCAUCGGCUAUUUGCAGUGGGGGAAGCAGACCUCAGAGGAUGGGCUUUCCCAGGUGGGCAGCAUGCUGAAGACUCCCAAAUUCCCCAUUUGGCUGUGCAACAUCAAUGGAAGCUACAGUGUCCUUUUUAGCACAAACAGGCAGCUCCUAGCAGACUGGAAAGCGGAGCAGCGGUUUGAUCUGCACUUGUAUGGUGGGCAGCCUUUCCAGAAAAAGCCUGCCCGUCUUACAGUUGAUACUCACUCGCAUCCCUGGGAAAGUGACCAACGUGAGGAGGAACAUGGACCAGGAAGACGGUUUUCUCCAGUGGAGAUGGCAAUCAGAACCAAGUGGAGAGAAGCCACCAUUAACUGGAAUGGAACUGUUCCCUUUUUCUAA